UAAAGCAUAUGUCCAAUCCAGAUGUGAAGAUAUGUGUCCAGAUAAUGGGGUUCCUCUAUACUCUUGUGUUCAAUGGGAAUGAAGAGACUCAGGAUUGCAUCUGUGACAGGAUUGCUAAUAAUGCCAACUUCUUCUUGUCAAUCUACAAACUGAUUUCAGUGAUACUCCAAUACAGCCAUAUACCAAAAGAUUUCUUGUCGAGAGAGCCAGAGAAGCAUUCUGGUAAGAAUCGUAUUAAUGAUGAUGACACUAGGCAACAGACUCCUGGUGGUGACAUUGUUGUAUCAAUAGAAGAGGAUACUGAUUUUUCUCCUAAUGUACCACCAAUUACAAAUACUACAUCUUUUAUCACCACCUAUCCCCAACCAGCUGAUGAAUUGGACGUGUGGUUGCAUCAAGUUGGUGUUUGCUUGGACCUCAUCUCUUCUCUCUGUGAUGGACAGAACAGAAAACUUCAAGCAAUCAUGAAGGAGCAAGACAGCUCAUUCAAUAUUAAUGUCAUUAGCGGCACAGCUGCACUCCUGGAGACACUAGCUGAAAUAAAACAAGAAAAUGAAACUGAAUCAGCUAUGAUUACUGAAACAAUGACUAAAGCCAUACAAUGCCUCAUCGAGAUGUGUGCUGGUAAUUAUUCGAAUCAAAGUGCAGCAUUAGAUGGUCAAGUGUUGGACUCCAUUAAUUUGAUAAUUAACAAUUCCUGUCCCACUGAAAAUGUAAAUACCGUAUAGCGGAAAAUUUUCAUGGCCCAAAAUUUUCGCAGAUCCAUCCAAAAAUCAAUUUUGUGGCUUUAUUUUGUGUGGUUUUCUACAUUUCGGCCAUCUUAAAUUGUAUAGAAUCAAUUUUCAUGGAUUUUAUUUUUGUGGGUUUUGAAAAAAAUGUGAAAUCCACAAAAAAUUUUCGCUAUACGGUACUGAAAUACCAAUUGUAAGAAU